GUAGAUUUGCUGGUGUGCAUGAGAUCAUUGUCCUGUUGCAUCACCCAAUUUUGGCCAAGCUUUAGCUGUUGGACAGCUAUUGGAUUCAGUGACUGUGAGGUGCCCAGGUCCUGUGACUACAAAACAACCCAGGACGCAUAAAAGACAAGUGAUAGAUGGUAUCAUGGAGUCCCUCACUUCUACUUUAACGGAAGAGAAAAGAAAGCAGCUCUGUGCUUUGCUGGGGAAUGUGGAACUGUCUCUUCUCUACAAAGCUUCAGUUCAUGGAUAUCAAGCUUCUGCCUUCCACCAGAGAUGUGACCGUCAGGGUCCCACUUUACUUGUAGCCUACAACAGUUCAGGCUACAUCUUUGGUGGAUACACUAGUGUAGAUUAUGCUCAAAGUGGAGAGCAUAUUACUGAUGAGGACAUAUUCUUAUUCAGCUUUCAAGGCAAGAUCCCUGUGUGCAUCAAAGUUAACAGUGGACAUUAUGCACGUCUUGAUGAUGCUGGAGGGCCCAACUUUGGUCAACAGCUAUACUUUUGCUACAAGAACCAACCAGCUGUGUAUAAUUCCGGAAGCAAAGAAUUCAGUUUUAAUACAACAAUAAUGUAUGGCAACGACACUCAACUGAGUGAAUGUGAGAUCUACAAAGUGGAGCAGAGCUCUCAAGUCAGUACUGAGGAGAAACCUUGGAGGAACUUUCUGUGGACAGCUGAACGAAAAGAUGAGCUCGUGGAAAAGAUCAGGAAUUAUAAACCCCUGGUGACGUCUGUGAGUCUAGUCCGGAUCCUGAUGAUCGGUCCUGUAGGUGCUGGAAAAUCCAGUUUCUUCAACUCCAUCAACUCCAUCUUCAUGGGCCGCAUUACCAGCAAAGCCAUGUCAGGAUCUGCAGGCACUAGUCUCACCACACAGUUUCGCACAUAUCCAGUGAAAGAUGGUCGUGGAGGAAAGCCGUUGCCAUUUGUGUUGUGUGACACCAUGGGACUCGAGGAGCAAUCAGGUGCAGGACUGGAUAUUGAGGACAUCAGCAGCAUUCUUCAAGGUCACGUACCAGACCGCUAUAAAUUUAACCCCACUGCACCGUUUCAACCUGACGAGCAAAAGGCCUCCAGACCUGCAUCUCUGCAGGAGAAGAUCCACUGUGUGGUGUACGUGAUAGACACCACCAAAAUCUCCCUCAUGUCUGACAAACUACAGGAAAAACUUGCUUCCAUACGCAGAAAAGUGAACUCACUGGGCAUCACUCAGAUCGUCUUGAUGACAAAAGUAGAUGAAGCAUGUCCUCUGGUGCAGAGGGACCUUCAAAGCCUUUAUGUCAGUUCCUACAUCAAGACGAAGGUUCAGGAGGUGAGCUCUCGGUUGGGUGUGCCGGUGUCUUGUGUGUUACCGGUGAAGAACUACAGUCAGGAGCUGGAGCUGGAUCUCAACUGUGACGUCCUGCUGCUCACCGCUCUACAGCAGAUGCUCAACUUUGCAGAUGACUAUCUGGAUGAUGCUGAUCACGUGGAGGGCAACAUAUAAAAUGCUACUGUAUGUAGGGUGAAUUCGGGUAAUCUGGGACACCUAAAUUCCAGUGUGUUUAUUUCCAAAAUUAUUACAAAAUUUAGUCAACAGGACUUUUACUAUAAUUUUAGCAUGGAUGUCAUGUGACUGAAAUCACAUGACUUCAUGGGGGUGAUUCCACAGAAAGGGGCAGGGCACUUGUCAAUCAAGAAGCUCCCCUAGGAAUUGCAUGACAAGGUCAGUGGCAUAGGAUUCUGACUAGAUUAAUAUUAAGGACAUAAAUCUGUCAUAAAUAAGACAAUGUUCCUAAUUGUCAAAUUAUGUUUGUGAUCUAUUCAAGCAACAAAUUAUGUAUUAAAGUGUUGAAAACAUUUUUUUUGUUGUCCCACAUUAUCAAAUAUGAUUGAGAAUGUGGGACAGUAUGCUUUGUGUAAUCUGGGACAGUCUUCAAAUGGGGGAAAUAUGCAUUUAGGGACUUUAUGGCCCGGUUUCAUAGACAGGGUUUAGCCUAAACCAGGAUUAGGCCAUAGUUCAAUUAGGACAUUUAAGUAAUUUUUAUAAACAUGCCUUAGAAAAAAGCAUUACUGGUGUACGUCUUAAGACAAAACAAAGGUAGGUACUGACAUGUUUUAAGAUCAGUCAGUGCAAGUUUCUUUCAGUUGAAACAGCUCUAAUUUACAUUUUAGUCUAGAACUAGGCUUAAACCUUGUCUGUGAAAGUAAUACAAUGUUAAACAAAUUUAAUAGAGUUUUAAAUGAAUUUAAAUGAAUUAACACAGUAGAUCGUUAAUCCUGUGUAGAGCUAGAAAUAAAUUUUUUUAUUGAGAUUUCUGGACUUUAAAAUUGGUGAUAUUGGUUUGGCAUGCAUAAAGUAUGGUGAAUAUAGGCUUUUUAGGCCUAAUACAUAUGUCCCAGAUUACAAAGUGACCUGUCCCAGAUUAUCAAAUUCAAGUAGAUUUUUUUAUUUUAUUUUUUUUUGGCACAAAAACACUAACAGGUGUGGCAUGUCUCCUCUGGGUAUAAUAUCUACAUUCUUUCUUCUGGUGUGGUUAGAAAACAUCUUAGGGAUUUCAGAAAAGUCUAAUGUGUUGAUCUCAUGUGUCAGA